AUGAAUCGGUGGCUUUUCCUCAGUUUCCCCCUCUUUUCCCUCCUUAUUCUUCAUGUGGAUGCAAAUGGAUUUCCUUCUUCUUUGAGAUCUUCAACUGCAUACGCUCGAAACAAGCUCGGUCGGGGUAACAGUGCUCUCUGGCUGAAAGGAGGUGAGCCGGAAAAUCUCGGUGAGUAUGGCGGCUUAUCCAAGGAUGCGAUCGAGUUCUUGAGAGCUCAGAAGAUAGCCCCGACGAAACGGCUGUUUGAGCUCGUCGACACCAACGGUGAUAAUUUUAUCACCCUGGAGGAGAUCAAGAUUGCUUUCGAGUACUUGAAGCGAAGAAAGAAUGACUUGCUGAAUGCUACUCUCGUCCCCACGGCCCUUGCUUACAAGACGAAUGCUUACGUAGAUGGCAAAGUCUAUGUGGUCGGGGAUUGGUCAGAAUGGCUCGAGUUUCACGAGCUUUCGAGGAAUGCGGACAACUCAUGGGAGACUGUUGUGAAACUUCCUCCUGGAAGACGCCAGUUCAAAUUCGUCGUGAACGGAAAUUGGUUGACAAGUCACGACUAUCCCGUGGUUGAUGAUGGUGUUGGAACUUCAGGAAACAACUUGAUUGAUGUUGUAACACCAUCGGGUUCCAAAACGGCGGAACAGGAAGAGUUCGAUGCCAGUGUGGAGCUAGUACAAAUCCUUGAAAGUGAAAGGAACAACUCCAAUCAUGUUUUGAACGAAUGCGCCGUGCUGAUUCAUACUGGGAUGUUUGCUAAAGCCCGAGAAGAGCUUGAAAAAGGUCUAAAGAAGUAUGAGGAAUUCAACCUACAAAUUCCACCAGAAUGGAGAGAAAUGGAAGUAAAAUUGGUGGAAGCAGAGGCAUCCAGGACACAGCACAACCUCAAAGAUGAAGCGAUCAAUGCACUAAUGGCAACUUCUGAAUGUUUGCAAGCCGGAGAUAUUGAGCAAGCCAAAAUGCUACACAAGAAGUAUGAAGAAGUCUGUUGCAAAGCCGGGAUUGAAAGAGUUCACCUUGAUGAUCUGUUCAAUCAAAUGAACGAGAUACAGAGGAACCAAGAAGAGAAGAAGUUGCAAGGGGAUGUGACUCCAAGUCAGGGAGUAAGACAAGAUGAGCCAGCAGACAACCAGAAGCUAUACGAUAUGACGGAAAUGGUUCAAAACAAAGGAAAAAUUGCAGACCAGGAAAGGAAAACUCACCUGGAUGAAGGGGAUUUGAAGUUGCAGGAAGCUAACGAUUUGACCGACGGGAAGCAGUAUGAGCAGGCGAAACAGGCCUUGAAGCAGGCCAAGGAGGCGUUCAAGCAGGCAGGGGAGGACAGAAAAGGAGUUUUGGAGCUGCUGGAAGAGAGAAUUGAAGAACGCAAACGACAAGAAGAGAACGAGAGGCAAGGCAAGCUGGCCCGGGAGGAGCAGGAGCGGCAAGCCCGGGAGGAGCAGGAGCGGCUGGCCCGGGAGGAGCAGGAGCGGCUGGCCCGGGAGGAGCAGGAGCGGCUGGCCCGGGAGGAGCAGGAGCGGCUGGCCCGGGAGGAGCAGGAGCGGCUGGCCCGGGAGGAGCAGGAGCGGCAAGCCCGGGAGGAGCAGGAACGGCGAGUGAGGCAGCUUAUCAAAGAGGGUGACCAGAAGGCCGAGGAGGCGACCAAGCUGACCGACGAGAAGAAGUACCAGCAGGCGAGGCAGGCCUUGAAGCAAGCGGAGGAAGCGUUCAAGCAGGCAGGGGAGGACAGGAGAGGGAUGCUAGAGCUGCUGGAACAGCGGAUCAAGACAGAGGAGGAGCAGGAGCGGCUGGCCCGGGAGGAGCAGGAACGGCGAGUGAGGCAGCUUAUCAAAGAGGGUGACCAGAAGGCCGAGGAGGCGACCAAGCUGACCGACGAGAAGAAGUACCAGCAGGCGAGGCAGGCCUUGAAGCAAGCGGAGGAAGCGUUCAAGCAGGCAGGGGAGGACAGGAGAGGGAUGCUAGAGCUGCUGGAACAGCGGAUCAAGACAGAGGAGGAGCAGGAGCGGCUGGCCCGGGAGGAGCAGGAACGGCGAGUGAGGCAGCUUAUCAAAGAGGGUGACCAGAAGGCCGAGGAGGCGACCAAGCUGACCGACGAGAAGAAGUACCAGCAGGCGAGGCAGGCCUUGAAGCAAGCGGAGGAAGCGUUCAAGCAGGCAGGGGAGGACAGGAGAGGGAUGCUAGAGCUGCUGGAACAGCGGAUCAAGACAGAGGAGGAGCAGGAGCGGCUGGCCCGGGAGGAGCAGGAACGGCGAGUGAGGCAGCUUAUCAAAGAGGGUGACCAGAAGGCCGAGGAGGCGACCAAGCUGACCGACGAGAAGAAGUACCAGCAGGCGAGGCAGGCCUUGAAGCAAGCGGAGGAAGCGUUCAAGCAGGCAGGGGAGGACAGGAGAGGGAUGCUAGAGCUGCUGGAACAGCGGAUCUCUGUAGAGUCUGACUAUUUGCGUCGCAUCAGCGAAUUAGUUGAGUCGUCGAGGGUGUUGGAAGGAGAGGAAACGAAGGACCUGAGUCGUCAUGUCGCCCUUGUGGAUGAGUCGAUUGGGAAGCUGAGGCAGGCCCUCACGCUUGUUGCUGCCUUCCAGUUGAGGUUCUCCGAUCGAGGAUUCAAUUUGGCCGUCGACGAGGAUCUGCUAGAGCUGAAGCUGAACUCGCUCAGUGCAAGGAGGAGGAAAGUACUGGGUGCGAAGGAAGCUGUUGAUGAAUGCCGGCAGCGAGGAAAGACGGCAAAGGAGCAGCGAGACGUGGCGGCGGCAGUCGAGAGGUCACAGCAGCGUCUUGACUCGUUCGCUGCGAGCAUGAAGAAGAGGGGAUGGAUGGUUCUGCACCCUAGCGACGAGGUGCAUGACGCAUAUCUCCACCUUCACUUCCCAAAGCAGUCGGUGAGGAGCGAGAGAGGAAGCGUCUACGACUGGACCUGCUGUCUCAUCAACUGCUACGAGUCAGUCUACAGGGAAGUCAUCACUCGCCGCGCUUCCAUGCUCACUGAGGCUCAGCGGCACGCGAACAUGAGGAGGCAGAACCAGCGACUGGCGAUGCAUCGACGUGGGGAGAAGAAGGGCUUCCUCCCGAGCCUCAUGCACUUCAACUCCAACAUUCUCAAGGUGCUCCUCGUCCUUCAGGUGGCCUCGCGCCUUCCUGAUGGAGCGGAGACGAAGCUUGAGGGACUGGGACAAGCGGGGAGGAUGUGCCUGCACUUGUGGUCACACGUGAGGCAAGUGGCAGGGCAUGUGAACUCAAGGCUGUACAAUGACCGAGAGAAGUACCUGUCAGCCCUCCACUUCACGGCCUCUUACUUCUCCGGUCGGAUAAAGUUCUUAACAUGA